AUGUAUCAUUUAAAGUUUUUUGUUGAUACAAUUUUAUUCCUCUCCAUAUCAACUUCAUCGUUUGGUCAAGAAAUCGAUGAUGAUGAAAUUCAUGAUACCGAAGAACCUCUCACAGCGCCAUAUGAUCUCAACGUGUCACAUCCUUUAUCUAAUUCUGUGAUAGUAUUGAUAAUAUUAUUAAUCAUAUUCGUUAUAAUGUUAAUCGGAUGUAUUUAUAUUGUAAGAUAUAAAUCUUAUUGGUUUACAAGGUUUUCCCCGCUUCCUACGCAACCGAAAAACGUUGAUCAACAUAAUUUACCGAUAGUGGAAAAAUCUCGAGUUUUAGAGUCAAAUCACAACAAUACCAACACUAGUUUCGAAGAUAGCUUCCUGGAUGAUACGUCAAAGAAUUCCUUUAAUUCGACUCGAUUACACGCCAGAAUUUCAAUGGAUCAUAGUAACAACGAGGAGUCCGCUUCUUUGGUCGUCAAUCAACCUUCAACCACUUCCUUACCACCAUCAGAUUACACAAAGUGA